UUGGACGCAACACAACACCACCACAACCAACACAACCACCCCUACCAUCACCUCCAACCACGACAACCAUCACAAUCACACCAUCAGCCCUGUGCUCACGUCCCGCCAUCACCUCAUCAGGUAAAUCACAUCCAUUUGGAGGACAAACAUGUGAUACAAAAGCGAAGUGCAGACCAAUCGCUGAGGAUUAGAGUCUUCUAUGAUUCCAGUGUUAAGCGGAUCCCAAUCGAAAAGUUUCAGAUAAUUAAUAACUCAGUGCUACCUCAAGCCCUCGACUACUGGCAAAAGGCAUUACACGUCAAACCACUUCACGUUCCCAUUCGUCUCAAU